UCUGAUGAGCUCUUGUGGAGUCAACAACGUGGGAAUUGCUGAGCUGUCGGAGGGACUCGUUCAUCACCUCUCAGCCGUCGGCGCUUUGUAACAGCAAGCAGCUCAAACGGACACUAGCAUAGCGGACUAUGCGUGUGAAGACGCUUCAAAUUCUAUGGCACGACAAACAGCCCAUUUUCUCAGUCGACUUUGAGCCGAAUGGGAACGGUCGUUUUGCGACGGCAGGGGGGGACUACAACGUCAGGAUAUGGAACCUGCAGAAGGAGGAAAACGAACCACCUGUGGUACAGUUUGUGUCAAGUCUGAAUCGGCAUACCGAAGCGGUGAAUUGCGUUCGUUGGUCGCCCAAAGGCGGAAUUCUGGCGUCAGGAGGAGACGAUGGGACCAUAUUCUUAUGGCAAAAAGCUGAAAAUAGAGAUGGAGUCACCUUUGACGAGGAGGACGGAACACUAGAAACUUGGCGCAUCGCGCAGGUGCUACGCGGCGCGACGGCAGAGAUCUACGACCUUGCGUGGUCGCCCGAUGCUGCCUACAUCAUAUCAGCCUGCAUCAACAACACGGCUCAAAUCUUUAGUGUCUCAGAACAAAAGUGCAUUCAGGUGCUCACGGACCAUGGUCACUUUGUUCAGGGCGUUGCGUGGGAUCCUUUAGGGCAGUAUCUGGCGACGCAAAGCAGUGACAGAUCUGUCAACACUUACAUCUGUGAGAAGAAAAAAUCGACCAUGUUAGCAAAGCUAACAGGACGCCUUACGAAGCUCGCUUUCGCCAAAGAAGAGAGCCAAGAGCAGUCUGUACAAUCCGACAACAAAGGCGCUGCUGGAGACACUGCUGACAACUCGAAACCUGACGGCACAUCGGCUCCAAACAAGGCCAUCGCAAAGAACUUUCGCCUGUUUCAUGAUGAGACCUUGACGUCCUUCUUCCGAAGACUAACGUACACCCCCGACGGAAGCUUACUAUUGGCCCCAGCGGGCGUCCACAAAAGUGCAGUUAAGGCUACGGAGAGUCGAAACAGCGUUUAUGUCUAUGGCAGGGGAAAGGCUCCACAACCACUGGCAUAUCUCCCCGGUCAUGGGAAGCCCUCGAUAGCAAUCCGAUGUUCACCAGUUCCAUACAAACUUCGCAAAUCACAGUCUCCCGGAAAGCCACCAUCAGCACCAUCACUUUUUGCGUUAGAGCAUCGAUACAUCUUUGCCGUUGGUUGCCAGGAUGCCCUUCUCAUCUACGACACUCAGCAACGAGAGCCGAUCGCCUACUUGAGCGGACUACAUUACGCGACACUCACAGAUUUGGCAUGGUCUCCGGACGGCUGCACGCUUCUGAUAACCUCCACGGACGGAUUUUGUUCCGUAAUCUCUUUCGAGAAGGGCGAGUUGGGGGAGACGAUCGAGGCGCCACACAAGGCGGCUAUAGAUCCCUCAAUCGGCACACCACCAGCGUCGCCCACUGCACGGACUCUUACAGCCAUAGACACAAGCACGGCCACCCUUCGCAUGCCUUUGGCAGCUCAACCUGACAUCCCAGUGGCAUCAAAACACAGUAGAGAGGAUCCUGCCCGCACGGACAGCGGAGCGCCGGAGAGCAAGAAGCGCCGAAUAGCCCCCAUAUUUUUAGGCAACUGAUCAUAAGGUGACCCUUAUUUCAUUGUAAAUAGUUUAAAUAAUCGUAGAGGCGGAUCUGGUCGGACCUGUCUCACGCGCUCAAUUCAAGGCUGUCAUUUUUGAGUCCUCCAGAUA